AUGGGGCUGUCAGGCCAUGCAUCGGGGACAGCUGUAGUUGGCGUGACAAUUGGCAUGACGGUGCUGGCUGGACUAGCAGUCUUUGCACGGUUAUUUGCUAGGAUAUUCAUCGUACACAAUGCCGGCGUCGACGACGGAUUCAUCACAGCAGCGCUGCUGUUCUCGAUCGCUACAACGGUUACUAUGUGCUUGCAAGUGAAAUGGGGCAUGGGCCAACACAUCAAUACUCUCACCCUCUACGAAGCCAUCCAGUCCCAGAAACCUUUCUACAUCUCCGUCUGGGUCUACAACCUCUCGAUGUCCUGCACCAAGUUCUCCAUUCUGCUGCAGUACCUCCGCAUCUUCCCGCAGGUGGUCUUCCGGAGAUCUUGCUAUGUAAUGAUGGGUGUGGUUGCGGUAUACGCCUGCUGGACGUUCUUCAGUGCGGUGUUUGCUUGCUGGCCCAUCUCGUACUUUUGGACACAGGUCAAGGAUCCGACGGGUGGACAGUGCCUGAAUCGGUUCGCUGUGUGGUUCGCGAACGCCGGUAUGAACAUCGCCACAGACAUUGCAGUCGGCCUCCUGCCGAUGCGAGUCUUGCGAGAGCUUGAUCUACCGAAAGGACACAAAAUUGCGCUCAUGAUCGUCUUCGGUCUUGGUGGAUUCACAUGCGUGGUCUCCAUCCUCCGCCUUGAGUCCCUCUAUGUCAUCUCUAAAGCCAAAGACGUCACCUGGGAGAAUCCACUUGCAGCCAUUUGGAGCAGCGUCGAAUGCAAUACCGGCAUACUGUGCUCUUGUCUCCCAACAUUACGAUCCUGCGUUUCCCGCCUCUUUCCGAAGCUGCUUGGCACGUUCCGCUCCAACAACAGUGAUCAGAAAGACGAGCCGUCGUCUGACCGGUCGGGAAGCGACAAACCGUCUGAACCUGCCCCUCCCCACCCGCUUGCGCACGGCAGCGGCGGCAGAGGAGGGAGAAGCAAGCUGUCCUUCGACGCGCUCGGCCGCGGUUUGACAGGAAGGGGUGAUCCUCUGCAAAGCAGCUAUGCGUACAGCGGGAACGAUAGUAGUUCGGAGGAGCAUGAGAUGGAUAUUGUGCCGUUACCGGCUGGUGAUGAGAGGCAGAUCCAGGUCACCACGGUCGUCGCGCAGGAUAUUGAGAGGAUCACUGAUGAUGAGGGAGUUCGGACAGGAAGGGGCCCACGAACUGUGAGGGCGUUCAGUCAGGGUAGUCAUGGAUGA